AUAUUCCCCUGCCGCCUGUUAAAUGACGCUACUAUGAGGAGCGAAGACGCCCUUAGCAACAAACCUGAGAAUCACAUCGAAAUAGGAGACCUUGGUGCUGACGAGACGGAUUAAUCCUUCUUGGUUUUACGGCGCUAAUGCACGGAGGACAUAUACUCCGAUGAACAUGCCAGCAGCGUUGAAUUCUGCGCAAACGGGACUUUGUCCGGAGUUGAGGUAGCUCGCUAACUAGCUAACGUUAGCCACUUUUAAGCGAGAACGGCUUCCAAAGUAAGCUGUCCGGAAGAAGGACGCAUCCUUGAUCCGUCGGAUCGGAGUAGCAGCUCGCCAGCCACCUAGCUAGCUAGCUAGUCAGUCAGUUGCCGCAAAUAAAUUCGAGCUAUUUCCAUUGGGGAUGGUUCUCUGGGUCGGUAUUAUAAUCCAUCGACAGAGAAGGGCGAGGGCCAGACGGGUCAGACUGCCAAUCUGUCAUUUUGGGAUUCCAACAAUUUUGGAUAGAGGGUCCAUUGCUAAAGCGGACGUGUGUUUUCGUGGUUCUGCUAACGUUAGCUAGCUGACGGAAACGAGAAACGACCCCCAUCACUGGAACUUUUUCUGACUGGGGUAGCGACCUGGCAAAGCCAUGGUUUUAGGGCGAGAGCAGGGUCAGAUUUUCUAGCUAACGAAAUUGGGUAGAGAUCCCAAGAAGAUUAAGCUUAGCAAGUGAGGAAAACGAAUUGCUAAAAUAAAACACGUUUAGCUACCUAUCCUUCACCCCAAAGUUGACUAACAGCGGGGGUGGUUUUAGAUCUUUUUACACAAACACAACUUGCAAAUGCUACAAAUUGCCCUGUACUUUUGGUACUGUAUUUUAUUAUAACUAGACCCUUGGAUAGUUAUUUUUUUUACAGUAGGAGUUUUUACAAUAUAUUUUUACUUUCACCUCGGAUGCUGGCAUCAACGUUAAACUGCAAUCAUGAUGGUAUUACAAAGAAAACCAGAAGGCCCUAUAACAGCAGCGCGUCAUGGCGACGGCCUCUAUGAUUCCUACAUGAGGACUGACCACCUGGUGAAGGACGACGCAGACACCAACAGUCCUGCUGGCCUCCCCACCCUGCCGAAACAUACUGUGAAUAAACCAGGUGUGAUGCGGGACCAGGUCGGGGCUCGUGGGGGUCAACUGAAGGUCAAGUACCUGUAUGAAGAUUCUACCUACAACCGCAAGGUCAACGCUGUUACCUCCACGACGACUCACAAUGGCAGCGGUGUCACUGCUGGGCAGCCGGCCGGUAAACCAGGCCCGGUAACGGGACUCUCUAAGGAGCGCACCGUGGAUAGUACGACGUCCAGUAAGGGGUCUUCCGAGGGCUGUGGGCCCCGGGGGGUGAACGGAGGAGGUGGGGGCAAGCUGGUGGGACCUUUGACCCCAGAACAGGCCCUCAGACAAUACCGAUCUCAACUCACCACUCUCGAGCAGACUGAGAUACACUCCUACCCUGAGGUGUAUUUCCUGGGUCCCAACGCAAAGAAGCGCCCUUCGGUUGCUGGUGGCAACAACAAUGGGGGAUUUGAUGACGAGCAGGGGGGCUACAUCCACGUUCCUCACGAUCACCUGGCCUUUAGAUACGAGUUCCUCAAGGUUAUCGGCAAGGGCAGCUUUGGCCAGGUGGCGAAGGUGUAUGACCACAAGCUGCAGCAACAUCUGGCACUGAAGAUGGUCCGCAACGAGAAGCGCUUCCACCGGCAAGCUCUGGAAGAGAUCCGCAUCCUGGAACACCUCCGCAAGCAGGACCGGACCGGAACCAUGAACGCUGUGCACAUGCUGGAGAACUUCACCUUCAGGAACCAUAUCUGCAUGACCUUUGAACUCCUGAGCAUGAACUUGUAUGAGCUAAUUAAGAGGAACAAGUUCCAGGGCUUCUCUCUGCCGCUCGUCAGGAAGUUUGCUCACUCCAUCCUGCAGUGCCUGGAUGCCCUGAACCGACACCGCAUCAUCCACUGUGACCUGAAACCAGAGAACAUACUGCUGAAACAGCAAGGACGCUCUGGGAUUAAGGUGAUCGACUUUGGCUCAUCGUGUUUUGAGCACCAGCGCGUCUACACCUACAUCCAGUCCCGCUUCUACCGCGCCCCGGAGGUCAUCCUGGGGUCACGCUACGGCCUCCCCAUCGACAUGUGGUCGUUCGGCUGCAUCUUGGCAGAGCUGCUCACGGGGUACCCUCUGUUCCCGGGGGAGGACGAGGGAGACCAGCUGGCCUGCGUCAUGGAGCUUCAGGGCAUGCCCCCUGUCAGGCUGCUGGAGCAGGCCAAGAGGGCUAAGAACUUCAUCUCCUCCAAAGGCCACCCGCGUUACUGCGGGACCAGCACUCUGCCCGGCGGGGCCACCGUGCUCACAGGCUCCCGGUCCCGCAGGGGGAAGCUCAGGGGCCCUCCGGGCAGCAAGGAGUGGAGCUCUGCCCUGAAGGGCUGCGAGGACCCCACCUUCACUGACUUCAUUAAGAAGUGUCUGGACUGGGAUCCCUCCAGCAGGCUGACCCCCAGUCAGGCUCUCCGGCACGCCUGGCUCUACCGCCGCCUCCCCAAACCCCCCACGCCGGCCCUCGGGGACAAGAGCCUUCAGCCUGCAGGGAAGAGAGGAGGGACAGAACACCAGUCCACCUCCUUCCCCUCCCUCCUGCCCAAUAAAGCGGGAGGAGGCGGCACAGCAGCCAAUAACAAACUGAGGAGCAACAUGAUGGGGGACUCAGGAGGGGCUGCUCCUCUCCGCACAGUCCUGCCCAAACUAGUGACCUAGACAACAAGCUCCUGCACCUCUCCAACCAGGUGAAGGAGACAACAGGGUUUUAAUGCAAUUGGUUUUUCUUUUUUUAUGUGAGGAGUUUGGUCACUCCAGCGGUUGGAUUUUGAACCGUUUCUGAAGGUGAAUGGAGCAGUGGAUUAUGGGACAUUAACAAAUGGAUAUAAAGGUGUUCUACAGUAGCUUGACUGGCUGAUUGGUUUCAUCAUAGACAUCAAAUAAAAUUUUAGGAGUUGGACAUGUUAUUAUAUGGGUUUCUAACCCAGAUGCUUUCUACA